AUGCGGUGGCUGGUGCUGGCUCUGCUCUGCCUCCAGCUCGGGGAGGGGGUGGUGAGGAUCCCCCUGAAGAAAGGCAGGUCCCUGGGGGAGGUGAUGAGAGAGAACGGGGUGCCGGAGAGCUUCCUGAAGGACCUCAAAGGGGACCCUGGUAGGAAAUACCUGCUCAGUAACGCUGUGGCUUACGAACCGCUAACGAACUACCUGAAUUCCUUCUACUUCGGGGAGAUCAGCAUCGGGACCCCCCCCCAGAAUUUCCUGGUGCUCUUUGACACCGGCUCUGCCAACCUGUGGGUGCCCUCCACUUACUGCCAGACUCCAGCCUGCGAGAAUCAUGCCAUGUUCAACUACAGCCUGUCGUCCACCUUCUCGGAUAUCGGUGUGACCUACACCCUGCGCUACGGGUUCGGUGACCUGUCGGUGGUGUUAGGGUACGACACCGUGACAAUCCAGAACAUUGUCGUCAAGAACCAGGAGUUCGGCCUGAGCCUGGAUGAGCCCAGCAGCCCCUUUUACUACCUGGACUUCGAUGGGAUUUUGGGCAUGUCCUACCCAGGCGUUGGCAUCAGCGGUUACAACACGCUGAUGCAGAACAUGCAGCAGCAGAACCAACUCACGGAGCCCAUCUUCAGCUUCUAUUACUCACGCAACCCAACAUACAAUUAUGGUGGGGAAGUCAUCCUCGGAGGGGUUGACCCCCAGCUGUACACUGGGGACGUUUUAUGGGCUCCUGUGGUCCAGGAAUUGUACUGGAAGAUCAGUAUCGAGGAGUUCUCCAUCGGGCCGUCAACCACCGGCUGGUGCAGCCAAGGCUGUCACGGCAUCGUGGACACCGGGACGUUCCUGCUGACCAUCCCAGGACAAUUCAUGUCAGCUUUCCUGCAGGCGCUGGGUGCAGAGGAGAGUGACGACGGGUACUCCGUCGACUGCAGCAGCAUCCCAAGCAUGCCCACCCUCUACUUUGCCAUCAGUGGAGCCCAGUUAUCGCUGCCUCCCUCUGUCUAUGUCUUAAAUAACGACGGUGUCUGCACCGUUGCGGUUGAGAGCACAUACGUGUCCUCUGACAGUGGCCAGCCGCUCUGGAUCCUCGGCAACAUCUUCCUCCGGCAGUAUUACUCCAUCUUCGACAUGGCCAACAACAGAGUUGGCUUUGCCCUGUCUGCCUAG